CAAUUGCGAAUUCUAUUAAUUUUAAACAAAUAGAAUUAUAAUCAAAUUCUAUCAUGAAGAUUCUUGAUUUAAUUUCACUUCGUUUUUUAUCCCUAAUCGGACAUUUAAUACUAUUAAUUGAUCAUCUUUGGGAUCAUGAUGGUUCAAUUAGAAAUUGUCUUCGGUGGGAUAAUUCAAUAGCUUCUUACCAUGAAAAGGAUUUUGAAUUUAUAAUCGCAUUGUCUUUAUCCAUUUUUCUUACUCUAAUUGAGACAAUUAACUUUAUGAUUGGAAUAUCAAUGUUCUGUCCAAUGCAAUGUCUAUUCUCUUUAACAGCUCAUGGAUCAGGAGCAUUUAUCUUAUUUUAUUACAUGAUGAACGUUUGGGAUUGUGAUCUUUCUUGGUGGAUUCUUGGAUUGACAACAUUUUUACCUGCUUUAAGUGAGAUAAUCAUAGUAAUUAGAGUAACAAUUUACAAAGUAAUUUAGUUGAGA